GAAGAACUGGUGGGAAAUUUGACAGAGCGGAGACUCGUAAUCUCCGAAAUAUCUCCACAAAUUCAUAAAAACCGUGAAUUCACGAAUGUUUACCCGACAUGGACCGAUAUGUGUUGGUUAUUUCCUUUUGCCAAACUGAUGAGGAGACGACGGACUGUUUGAAAUGUUUGGAGCCACUAAAGCAGAUUUAUGACAAACUUGUGGACAUCUCAGCUCAGGAGUCAGUGAGAAACAUCUCUGUGUUUCCAGCUUGUUCUCUCAGCGGCAGCCCGGCAGCUCAGAGGUGGUACUUUGCUGUUCAGGCUUGUCUUGGAGUAACACAGUUUUGCAGCUCAGACUGGGAAGAGCUGGGACCAGGACAUCAGAGAAGUGACAGUGAGGAGGAGAAACCUUCUGCUGUGGAGGAAUGUCUCAGUAAUCUGGAGGCAUCGGACCAAAAGGUCGAUCAGGCUGCUCUGAUAGAGCUGUUGGAGGAGGCUGCAGAAGGUCUACAUCUGCUGUCAGACAAGCUGCCACCUCCAGGUAAAGCCUUGUUGGACGUUCUGGUGCUGGGCUCUGCUGAACAGCCUCCUCCUGUUAAAGACCUGCUGCCUCUGCUGGGAGCCUUAAAACACAUGUCCUGCUGGCACGCUGCUAACAUCACCAUAGUCACACAGCACACUGCCAGAUGGCAGAAAGUAGCUUCCUCCCUGAGCGCUGGUGUGGUCGAACCUGACGGCCUUGACAGCUGCAUCGACCGCAGGGAGAUGUGGAGGGGAGGCCUGGUCAUCAGAGAGAGGAAGUAUGUGUCAGAGCUUCGCUUCGAUGGCUUUUCUCUUCGCUCUCCGGUGCAUCAGGUAUCAGAGUCUGUUCUCCUGCAGACUCCCUUCACCACCACGGACCACCAGCUGCAGUCGGAGGUCUUCCAUUACUUCGCUCCGGUCCUGGACUUGGUUCAGCUGGUUAAUCUGUCAGAGCUGCCCAGCUUCCUGAUGUCCAGCACCCAGUUUGAACUAGGCCUGUCUGGGAAGUCGAUGAAAGCUAAACUUCUGCUGGACCAGCUAAGGUCACUGCGUGGAAAGGUGGGAGCUCUGUUCAGUCUGUCCUGUAUCGUCACUCCCAUCGCUCAGCCUGCAGCCGGUCAGCUCAGCUCUCAGCGCUGGAGAGAGUCUCUGUCCAGGAGACCAAAGUCUUUGCUGGCGCCUGAUGUGGAGGUGAAAGGUGAGAGUUGCGUCUACUUCUUGCUGGUCCAGGGCUCAGACGGUGUUGGUUCUGGAGCCUGCCGGGUCAGGAUGCUGCACUCAGACAGUCAGAUCAACGGAGCCGCUGCCAUGGCAACUGUCUCUGGGCUGCUGAGAGAGAAGUCGCUGUCAUCACCAGGAGUAGCUGGAGGCAGCAUCCUCCAUCCUCUGCCGUGUCUCCAAGGAAACCGGAUGCUGCAGAGGGAGAGGAACAUGGCCAAGGUUCAGACUCUGGUACUCAAAGAAUAUCUCAGACAGAAGGACGAAGCUUCACCCUCAACGUCGAUACACGCCAAUAACCUGAAGGCCAUCUUGAAUCUGGCCAGAGAACAGUAUUUGAAGAUGGUUGACUCCACUCUGCCCACUGCUGGCGCUUGUCUGACAGAGCGUCAGGCCUCCACAAACUCAGGGUUUCAGACCAUUUCCCAGCAGCCAUCUGACUGGCCUGAGAGAAGUGUCCUUCACAACAUCGAGAACCUGCAGAGGAGACGGCAGAAGAGAAGGUUUGGGCUGUUGGGUCCAGCCUCCAGUGACAGUCUGCUGGGUCCUAAAGACAGUCAGAGGGGCUCCACUGCUUUACUAGAUGCCAAAGAGCUUCUGAAGCACUUCACAUCUGAUGGUCUACCCACUGGGGAGCUGCAGCCACUGGCUAUCAACAGAGGUAAUAAUGUGUUUCAGCUGUCACCAGACCUUUCCCCACGGAGGAUCAGCCAGAUGCCCUUCAACCAGGCCUCCUCCUCCCAUUACCAUGGCAUAGAGUUUUGCCUGGAUAACCGGCGCUCUCUGGACCGAGACCAGGCCUUCGUACGCCUCCAGUCCCGUCUGAUCCGGUAUGAAACCCAAACCACCUGCUCUAAGGAGCCCUGUGCCCUCCCCUUCGCCCUCAGUCCCGCCCCCUCACCUGCCGUGAUGUCAGAACCAGGAAGCGUACCUGACGGAGAGACUCUGCAGAACAACGAUGUGGCUCGACUCAAGCGCAGGUCCUGGGAAACCGACAUCGCUGGAGGUUAUCCUCGCAAGAGGCUGGUGAAGUCAGAGAGCAGUGAUUCUCUGUGUUCUCAGAGCAGUAACAGUAGCGGGACUCAUCCUGCUAUCAGGUCUUUGCGUCAGCAGCCCAACAGAUCUCAGUCUACCUCCUCCUCCAUCCGCACUGCUUCCUCCUCAGCCACAAGACGGACAUCAGGUUUGGUGACUGUUUCCUGCGCUGACAGACCUAAACCUCAGCAGCAGAAGAUUCAUGAAAGUCACUCAGAGGACAAACCUGCCAAAGAGUCACGAUCCCAGAAACACAACAGGAUGCUGCAGGAGGUAGUAGCUAAAACACUCAAACACCAUGGGAUCAGUGCCGAGCAUCGCUGCUUUGAGGCCUGCAGCAAAAGACUGUUUGAUAUCUCCAAAUUCUAUCUCAAGGAUCUGAAGACGUCUCGAGGUUUGCAUGAAGAGAUGAAGAAGGCAGCCGGCAGCAACGUUAAACAGGUCAUUGACUGGGUGCUGGAGAAGACCUCAAAGAAGUGAAGGAGAUAAUGAAGAAUCAGUGGGAUAAAAGACUCUGUUUCUUUAAGAGGAUUCUGCAUCAAAAAAGUGCAUCUUGUGUCACAUUUGAACACAUUCAUGCAUGUUUGGUUUUUAAGUCUAUCUGAUUGGUCUUAAACUGUUACACUAAGCCCGUUUUAAUGAACUUAAUCCUUUAUUGAAUUUAGUUGCCUUCACUUUUAAAGAGAUCAUUUAGCGUUUUAACGUUUUAAUCUUUAAUUUGUGUGUCUGAAGUCUGAAACAGAAAAACAAACCAACUCGAUUCACUCUGCAGAAGCCACAGAAUCCUCCAUGUUGACUUCAGUUGUCUUUUCUGUGUUGUGGUGUUCAACGCGAUUGUAAAUUGUUUAUCCUCCUUUGUUUUUUUUAAAAGUACAUAUUUUAUCUUUUGUCAUUUCCUGUCUUCAACGCAAUAAAUGUAUUUGAUAUGAUGUUCUGCAGAGUAAACCUCCAGCUGAGCAGGUUUCUGAAGCGAAGACGGCGUCUGAGUGGAGAUGAUCUGUGAGUGUGUGCUCAGUGUGUGUUGUGUCGAGGAAAUAUGUAAUUUAUUAUCCCUCCUGACAGCUAAUGGCCCGUCUGGAUGGUGGCUGCUGUUCAGAUGCUGAUAGAAAGCCACGAGCGCCGCAGCACAUUAUGCAGCCCUGAUGAUAACUGACAAUCAGAUUGCUGCUGUUUGUUCUCAGGACAGAAGAAACCAACAUUCAUCAUUCAUCACUGUGACAGAAUGCAAUGAUUGUGUCCACCACUGUGACUUUCUUUAAAGGAUUCUGGAAACAAAAAGGCUCCGGUUGUUCCCAAGUAAACACAAAAUAAUCAGCCUCUUUGUGAACUUCACAACAAUCUUCUUUAGACCUGGUCUAAUAUGUUGCCUGGUUUGAACCCAGCAGAACCUUUGAGGCUUUUUAAAGAGAAAUUCAGAGCAACACGACUCCACCAACAAAGGACUUUAUUACAUAAUAAUGUCUCUGAAGAACGACAGAAUGUGUCUCCAGAAAUCUGUGCAACACUGGAGGAGGACAGAGUCUCCUCAAAAACAAAAGGUGAUCAUGUGCUGAAAAAAUGAGAUUUUAUUCUGAGUAGUGGAAAUUGUUCUGACUUAUUGCAUCAAGUUCCUGUUAAGGAGCCUGAAUUUUUAGGACAGUAAAUCCAAACUGUUAGUUUCAACUUUUUCUAUAAAAGCAAAUACUGUCAGAAGUAAUGCAUUUAAUGUGAGGUGAUGUUGUUUUGACCUAUUUGACAUUUAGGUGAUAUUUUGACAGAAAUACUCAAUGCUGAUUCUGUGUAUUAUUAUCUAUUGAGGCCAAAUAGUCUUAUUUUGUCAUGUAGAAGUUCAUGAGUAGUCAUAAGUCUUUUUAUGUAGGUACCAACGGCUGCUAAAAUUAUGUUCUUCAACUUUUGAUGUAUCAAUGAGUUGCUUACAGUUUAAGUUACAUAAGAUAUAAGAUAAGGAUACAAACAAUGUUCCCUGUAAUUUUUCCUGAGUGUGAGCAAACACACAAACUCCCUGAGCGUCCCUUGGACCACUGUGAGCAACAUCAGACAUGUGCACUGUGGUCACACCAGCAUCACAUCCAUUCAAAUUACAUGGUUCAUUAAAAGAAUCAAAUUACAGCAUUUACAUUUCUGUUAAAACACUUUGUCAACAGGAGCCAGUUGAAGGCUGCAGUGAUUUUAGUGACACUACAAUGUAUAAGAGUGAAGUUAUUGAAUAUUUGUCUCUCUUUACUGUUGCAGCGGUUCUUCAAAUUGCAGACGGACCCUGUUCACUCCAUAGACACCAAUGUUAUUCCUGUAGCUUGAAAGACAGCUACUUUUGAUAAAACUGGGCUUGUAGCACAUUGUCUGCCUUGCAACAAUGGGAAAGAGGCACCGUUUAUGUUUUGACAACCUAUAUCUAAUGAAUUAUUGAUGCUGGAAGUCCGAAUCUGUGAAUAUCUUUCCAACUUUACUGAACUUGGGGCCACUACCACCUAAGGAGUGAUAUAUUUAAUUUUGAAAAAAACAUUUAGCCAUAUUUAAAGCUUUAAGUGCUUUAUUAACAUGAAACUAAAAAUUUUGUGUUGUUUUAUUAUCACAGGUUCUGUCUGAAAAGAGGUGGCAUCAUUUUAAACAGUGAAAUCAAACUAAUAAAAUGUAAUGACCAACCAGUGAGCAAUACUGGAUUCUGCAAAAACAUAAACAACUUUUUUAAAAAUCUAAAUCUUAUCUUAACACAGUUAAUGUAUUAACUUAUUUUUGUAUGUAUGCAUGUAUUUAUUGAUUUAUUUAGUACUGUUAACAUAUCAGAGUUCUGAGUGAAUUUUUCUUAAGAUAGGCAAAGGCCAUUUAUUGAUUACAUAUAGGCUAUUAAAUGUUUAUUAAAAACUAAAAAGCAUUUAAAAAAAACAACUUAGGCAUUUAUUGAGUCACUAAAAUACUGUAGAGUACAGACCACAUCAGCAUGAUUCUAAGCAUCCUCUGGUAAAUGAACAACCAGAUACUGAUGUCUCUCACCAUAUGGACUUCAGGAGAUGACUGGGGGAUGAUAAACUGUGACCUACUGGUUGGGUUCUCUCUGUUCUCAUGUUUCUUACAUGUUUGUCCCCUGACAGCCGGGUCCUAAUGUUUUUUGAGCAACACACCAUACUAUGACGUUUUUACAAUGAUGGUUCUACUAUGGAACCAGUUUGACAUGUUCAGGUGUUCUUUGUGUGAAAACUCAGAGAUUUCAGGGAUCAGAAGGUGGUUUUCAACUUUCUUUAUUAACUUUCUGCUUCAACUUUAAAUUAAAUUUCCUUCACUAACCCAGCCCUCUGGACUUCCAGGAAGCUGUGUUCCUAUUGGCUGUCCAGGUGGCUGCUUGGUGUCAGGAACACCUGAGCAGCUCAGGAUCUUCCUGCUUUAUUUAGCUGCAGACAAACAUUUCCUCUGCUUCUCUUCACCACAGAACUGGGUUUGGUUCCAUUGCUUUAGUCUGUUCUUUAGGCGUUGGCUUGCAGCUUCCAGCAGUAAAAUAGGCUUUAAUGUGUUUCUUGGUGUGUUUUAGGGCUUUGUACUGGAUAGUUGUCUUGGUAAAUGUGGUUCUUUAGCCACAGUUAGCACAUGGUGCUAAUGUGUGCAGUGAUUAGUGGAUUUGGUGCAGCUGAGUUGUGUCUUUAUCUUGGCUGUAGUGAGUCUUUAGAGGUUUUUGGUCAGACACAUUCUGUAUUCUUGUUUAAGGACCAGCGUUGGUUGUCCAGAAGGUAAGAGUUCCUGUCCUGAUUCUCUGUUCUCAGAGGUUCUCUGGUAGGCUGCAGGAGACUUUAGCGUUUGGGUUGUGCUAGUUUGGUUUUUGUACGAUUUCAUUUAGACGACUAUCUUGAGGCCCCUCCAUGUGGUUUAGUGAGGUUUUCUGGAACAGUUCUACAAAGCAACCUGCAGCAGAAGAGACUUUGAGAGUUUUUAGGAAGUUCUGGAGAGCAGACUUUAGAGCAGCAGAAACAUUUGUCAGCAGUUUGAGCAGGAGAAGGUGAGCUUCAGAGUAGAAAUUAGAUGGAAACCUUCUUGACCCGUGUGGUGAGGUCCUGUACCAAGAGUUUGAGCAGGUUGUGAAGAGUCUGUAGUUCUUUAGUCUGAAAGCACAAGAAGAGUCGACUCAUUAAAGGAGAAAACAGGAGAUAUUGUUGGUUCUUCUGUCGCUCUGCAGUUUCCUUAGACUGAAUAUCAAGUUUAUAUUUUAAAUGAUUUCCUAUGCGAGCCCAAGAAGACUUCAAUAAACUCCCUCCAUCCCCUGGACACAACAUAUUUUAUUACCAUGUUAAAUUUUUUUUUUUUUAAAGUGUUUUUGAGUUUUAAUCCUAGUUUUAGCAUAAUUUUUUUUUCUCUUUGCUUGUUUAGUUUUGUCAUCUGUGUAAAAGGUGCUAAACAAAUAAAGUUGAACUGAUAAACUGAA